UACAGAGGGGGAAAAAAGGUAGCCUAGUGUUGGCCACUCAUUUUGGAAUAGUGGAUUUUCGUCCGUUUGACACCAGUGAUGCCCUUCAAAGAUGACAAAGCACUUGAUGCGAGAAAGAUAAGACAUUUUUUUUUUUUAAAGAAGCAACAUUCUGAAGAGACAGAUUAGGGAUGCUUGAGCGUUGUCACACCGACACAUCUUGCUAGGACAAUGUGCACGCGCUCCGCCGGGAGAGAGGAGGGAGCGUGAGCGAGCGAAAGGGGCAAUCGCACAAGCGCAGCAUAUUUUAAGUCUAUACCAGUCGGAGGAGAAUCACGGAAACCGUGGAACGCUGUUACCCAGCGACGAAGCAGGCAAGCACCACCAAAUCGUCCAAGGUAUUCAAACUGUCGUUGGUGCUGUCCUCUCCACCGGCGAAGGGCAAGCGGGGAUGUAUUUUUUGUAGAAAAUUCACCCGCAUUUAAAAUCACUGUUGACAAUUUAUGUAGAUGAGGAAUUAGUAUAUAUCGUUUCGUUGUCAACAAAGAACGAGAUAUAAAGAUAUGUAGAGUGACGAGUCAGAGAAACUGAUCAAACGAACAAUUCAUGUAGGCUAUUUAUUAUUAUUGCUAUGCGGAGGAGGCGGGGGAGACAAUUCUUUGUAGUCUACCUUGGUCGAAGAAUCAUUCCAGAACCCGCUUUAAUGCCUUUAUCUAGUGCAUGUGUAAUGAGCCAUACGCAGCAUUAGGCUUUAUUUUUGGUAGCCUAUUCAUUUCCCUCCGUCAUUGUCUCCCGGUCCCUUAUCAGAAUGUGGUAGUCCGAUCAACUUGCAGGUCGGUCAGAUUGAGCUGGUGUUGUCGGUAAACAGAAACCGGGGAAGGUUUUCAAAGUCUAAGCUUCUCCAAAGGACUAUGCUUCAAUAUUUCCCGUUCUAAAGGAAUGGUGUGACAACGGUGUAGAAGUCAAAGACGAGGGCAAAAUCAAAGGAUUCCUUUUGAAAAACCCUUGGAAUCCUGCGACCCCCUUGGAACACAUAACAGGGUUAGUUUGUGACCGCCACCGUUGACCAGGAACUGUGACCGCAGACAUUGACCGUGAUGAGGACCGUACAGGAGGAUGGAACGUAACAGAGUUCUGACCGUGGAGCCGUUCCCGACCGCGACCGUAGACCACCAACACUAACCACAACCACACCUUCUAAAGACCGCCCGGUCUCCCCCUAACCCUCCACCCCUCCAGCCCCUCUGUCUUACACCGCACCCCUCCCCCCCUUGCCACUCCACUCCUCCACCUAUCCUCCUGCACUCACUCCCUCGCUCCGGACGCCCUUUUUUUGAGGGUCCACUUUUUCUUUCAUAAACACUCUCAACCACCACUUCUCUCUUUCCAUUGCGAUGUCCUUUCUUUCCAAUCAUCUAUACCUUCAUGAACAUUGAGUCCUCUUUGGGAAACAGACAUACACGGACGAUAAACGUUUAGUUGGAGGCGGAGUCUCUAUAGCUGCCAGUCAUGUAUCUUUUCCCUUUAUCCCUGUGUAAACCAAGUGGGCGGGGUCUCGCCUCUAGUCUCCGCCCCCGCUGCUACAUGGCCGACACCUGUCUAGUCUGGCUCCUGGGCCUGGCUCUCCGCCUCUCCCUGACCUCCUGCCAGAAGAUGAACCCCGCCAACAAGCCCCCCAUGGUGACCACCAACUACGGCAAGUUGCGAGGGCUCAAAAAGGACCUGAACAACGAGAUCCUGGGGCCAGUGGAGCAGUACCUGGGCGUGCCCUACGCCACAGCGCCCAUCGGAGACCGCCGCUUCCAGCUGCCCGAGGCGCCUGGCUCGUGGCAGGAGAUCCGCAACGCCACAGUGUUCGCCCCGGUGUGCCCGCAGAACGUGCACGGCGUGCUGCCGGAGAUCAUGUUGCCGGUGUGGUUCACAGACAACCUGGAUGUGGCAGCCGGCUACAUCCAAAACCAGAGCGAGGACUGCCUCUACCUCAACAUCUACGUGCCCACCGAGGACGGUCCGCUCACAAAAAAACACGAUGAGUCUACAAUGAACAGACCGAGAGAUGAAGACAUCCGUGACCGUAGGAAGAAGCCAGUGAUGCUGUUUAUCCACGGAGGCUCCUACAUGGAAGGAACCGGAAACAUGUUUGACGCCAGUGUCCUCGCCGCCUACGGCAACGUUAUCGUGGUCACUAUGAACUACCGUCUGGGCGUCCUCGGCUUCCUGAGUACAGGCGACCAGUCAGCCAAGGGGAACUACGGUCUGUUGGACCAGAUCCAGGCCCUGCGUUGGCUCAAUGAGAACAUCGGCCAUUUUGGGGGCGACCCCGAGCGCAUCACCAUCUUCGGCUCCGGGGCGGGGGCGUCCUGCGUCAACCUGCUCAUCCUCUCGCACCACUCCGAGGGUAAGGGGCACACUGGGUUGUUCCAGAGGGCCAUAGCCCAGAGUGGCUCAGCCAUCUCCAGCUGGUCGGUCAACUACCAGCCCCUCAAGUACACUAAGAUCCUGGCCCGAAAAGUGGGCUGCAGCCACUCAGAGACAGCAGAAUUAGUGGACUGCCUGAGGAAGAAGAACUUCAGGGAGCUGGUGGAUCAGGACAUUCAGCCGGCCCGCUACCACAUCGCCUUCGGACCCGUAGUGGACGGAGACGUGGUGCCGGACGACCCUGAGAUACUCAUGCAGCAGGGGGAGUUCCUGAACUAUGACAUCCUGAUAGGAGUGAACCAGGGAGAGGGGCUCAAGUUUGUUGAUGACAGUGAAGACAACGAUGGGAUCUCAGCUGCAGCGUUCGACUACACUAUAUCUAACUUUGUGGACAAUCUCUACGGCUAUCCUGAGGGUAAGGACAUCCUAAGGGAGACCAUUAAGUUCAUGUACACCGACUGGGCCGACCGUGACAACGGAGACAUGAGGAGAAAAACCCUCCUCGCCUUAUUCACGGACCACCAGUGGGUGGCGCCGGCAGUGGCCACGGCCAAACUGCACGCCGAGUUCCAGUCUCCCGUUUACUUCUACACCUUCUACCACCACUGUCAGACGGAGACGCGGCCAGAGUGGGCGGACGCAGCCCACGGGGAUGAGAUCCCCUACGUGUUCGGGGUGCCCAUGAUCGGAGCCACCGACCUCUUCCCCUGCAACUUCUCUAAGAAUGAUGUCAUGCUCAGUGCUGUAGUCAUGACAUAUUGGACUAACUUCGCUAAGACGGGGGACCCCAAUCUGCCAGUGCCUCAGGACACCAAGUUCAUCCACACCAAGCCCAACCGCUUCGAGGAGGUCAUCUGGACCAAGUUCAACUCCAAGGACAAGCAGUACCUCCACAUCGGCCUGAAGCCCCGCGUCAGGGACAACUACCGAGCCAACAAGGUGGCCUUCUGGCUGGAGCUGGUCCCUCAUUUACACUCCCUCCAUGAAGUCCUGAACCCCACCACCACCAGGCUACCUCCAGGCAGCACUCGCCCCCCCGGGGGCCCCUGGAAGCCCAAACCCCGCACCACGGGCCACCCCUACCCCACCUUCCCCGACCCCGUGGAGCCCUACGGAUCAGAGCGGCCCAGACUGGACCUCUUCCCCGGUGACACGCGGGAUUAUUCCACAGAGCUGUCGGUGACCGUGGCAGUGGGGGCGUCGCUGCUCUUCCUCAACAUCCUGGCGUUUGCUGCGCUCUACUACAAGCGGGACAAGCGUCAGGAGAUGCGGCGCCACCGGCUGUCUCCGCAGCGCCACGGAGGGCCUGCCAACGACCUGGCGCACAGCCAGGAGGAAGAGAUCAUGUCCCUGCAGAUGAAGCACUCGGAGCACGACUCGCACCACGACAUGGAGCCCCUCCGGCCCCACGACAUCCUGCGGCCCUCCUGUCCGCCCGACUACACCCUGGCCCUGCGGAGGGCCCCGGACGACGUGCCCCUCAUGACCCCCAACACCAUCACCAUGAUCCCCAGCACCAUCACCGGCAUGCAGCCCCUCCACCCCUUCAACACCUACCCCAGCACCGGCCACAACAACACCCUGCCCCACCCCCACUCCACCACACGUGUAUAGUAGAGCUACAGCUCUCCCUGGGGGACCGGAGGACCAACUACACACUCUGGUUUAUCACUAUUGGAUCGCUAUGGAUAUCUCUCUCUCUCUCUCUCUUACUCUGUUUUUCCAACCGUCAGCCUGCUGCCCUGAUGCUGUGUCUUUCCUACAGCGCAACCUUGCUGGGGUUAAGUGGAAGUGCAGCUGAACUGCAGGGGAAGCAGGUGUUAUUGAGGGUGUUGAGAUAUUUUGAGAGGGUCUCGUAUUCUCUGAUCCUGACAGCCCCCAAACCUGCCCACAGGAUGAUCCUCUGCCUCUUACUGUGCAUUUCAUUUGGUUGUUUUUUUCAUCCCAUGUUUUCUCGGUUUCUGUGCUGUAAUAGGGUUGGGGACAGAGGAGGCUGGUGGGUUGAGCUAUAGGAGGACAGGGUCAUUGUAAUGGCGGGAAUGGAAUGAAUGGAACAGAGUCAAAUAUGUGGUUUCCAUAUGCUUGAUGUGUUUGACAUCAUUACAUUUAUUCUACUCCAGACUUUACAAUGAGCCCGUCCUCCUAUAGCUCCUCCCAGCAGCCUCCACUGGUUGGGGAUCGUUUUUUGGAGUGUGAGGUAAAGCGUUUGGUUCCUUUUCCUUCUGAUAUAUUGGAAAGCCUCUAUCUCUCUACUCAUCUCAUCUGCUUACUUGAGUCUCUUCUCUUUUCCACAUCCCUCUCUUUCCCUCCUCUGUAGUUCUAAAACAACCAUUUUUAUACAAGGCGUACAGUACAUACAGUAAGUAUAUAUCAUGAAAAUAUUGGUAUUCUGAUAUCGUCUUUCUACCAGCAUUCUUGGUGCCAAGUACUGUGUUGUUUUCCCAUAGGAGGGGAACUGAGAGAGAAUCAAGAGUGUUGAGCUGUAUCAAGAUAGCCUACUUACUGUGUGUUCAUGAAAAGUGCCAAACUGGCCUAUCUUGUGCUUUUUUCGUUAUCUUUUUUCAACGUUUGUUUGUUUGAUUGAUUGAUUGUUGCUUUCGGUUCUUAUUUUUUGUGGAAAGAUUUUUAAAUAUAUAGAUAUAUAGACACACAUAUAUAUAUAUAUAGUUAUAUAUAAAUGUGUACAAAGAAGAAAAUAUCGAAAUGGUUUUCUCAGUGGGGAUCUAUGCAUGAAUUAUUUUUAAAAACAAUGAUGGGGAAAGGACACUGGAUAGUCAAUAUUCACACAUCUCCUGUUUUAAACUAUUUCUAUCUCAAUUCCAUAUGCUUUUUCUUCAUAUUUUCUUUUCUGCAAGAAAAAAAACCUGGUGGCACGUCAUAAAACCCCUGCAGCGGUGCUUCUUUCAUUCAUGAACAUUAUCCUUUACAACAACGAAAAACCUGACUGGACCAAACAUGAAUAAAAACAAUUCUUAUACACAUUGAUUAUACAACACAUUGCUUAUGUUGAUCACCUCCCACCCUUAUUGCUUAAUGUCUACUAUUGCACAACAGACUGCAUUCUACCCCAAACAAAUCAACUACCCUGGUAAAUCAAUUCAACUUUUAUUGACACAACACAUUUCAUAAAAGUGUGUGCAAUCCAAUACAUUAAGAACACUAAACAUUAAAAAAAACAAGACUACAUUUCGAUCACAUAAAGACCCCUUUCUCUGUCUCGCAUCCUCCUCCUGCUCUGCUAUCAUCCAGCCAGGGCCCCUCUUACGUAAUGUGAGUUAUUGGUGCCACUGCAGCAGCUCUGUAUUUUUCUCGUAAUAACCAGGCCAUCCACUGAGCCUUGGGCCCCUGUCUCUCCGUGACUCAUUAUGGCAGGCGUAGAAGCCAUAGACUGCCACUGAAAUGGCAUCCAGUUCCCUGUGUAGUGCACUACUGUGGGCCAGUCAGGCCAAAAGUAGUGCACUAUGUAGGGAAUAGGAUGCCAUUUUGGACACAAACCUAGAGGUAUUGGUGUCCAUUAUGCUCUGGCCAAAAAGGGAAUAGGGUGUAGGGAAUAGGGUGUAGGGAAUAGGGUGCCCUAACGGUAGACCUAUCGUUUAUCAAGGUGAACCUGCCAGGGUUCUCAGAGGUCCUGGGUGGGAAGGUACAUACGGCCAAGUCUCGGGUCCUCGUAUAACGUCACUUUUUCCUAAUGAUGUUACAACGAAGGAGAGAAAAGGGACAGUCCCUCCAUCUCCCUCUUUCUUUUACACUCUCCCCUUCUCUCCGCCCGUCUCCGCCUUCGAUUUCUGGCCCGUACAAACGCUGUUUGAUGAACGCCUGUGUGCGCGCGCGAGUACAUGUCAGCUCAGCUUCCCAGGGCCAGGGGUAACUAGAGGGCAGAGAGAAUGAUGGAGGAAGAUGGAAUAUGUGUGAGGAAAGAGACAGGCAGGCAUCUCGUAUCAGAGGCGCCUCCCCGUGGUGCGAGACCCCAGUAACAACUGCUUACACACACACUCCUCCAUUCUUCCUCUCACUCUACUUUCCCCAUCCCUUUCUCCUUACCUCCACCAGUAAACACCAGUCUGAUUCAGGACUGCUGCACAUGCAAUUUCAACUAAUUCUCUUUGUGGAAAGUUGAGAGCAGAAAUCGCCGGCGUUUCAACUCGUAACUUCACUGUGUGCCGUCUUUGAACCCUGCAUCUCCUGACCCUUCCCCCCUGACACAUGUCCCUGCUGACUCUGUUGCCCUCAAGUCGCCUUCGCUCCACUGCUGUACAUUGAACUCUAAGCACACGGAGGAAAGACUGGUGGUCUAUCAGACAGGCCAGGGUCUGGGAUAACAGAGCUGGGAAGAGGACUGGGAGUAAGAGGUCCUUAGACCAAGGGACAACAAAGUGAUCAGCUGUUUUUACUCUUUCCUUUUUUUUUGAACAGGGAGGUGCACGUAAAAGUCAAGGGAAAGCCUGUUGACAACACCUCCGUCCGUAAUGCUAUGACAUGGCCAGCAGAGGGGGCUGAUGGGCGAAUAGGAUUAAUCCAACUGAACUGAACUGUGGCGCUGUGUGUGAACCCACAGUGCGCUGUAGUAUCCUCGGUUAGAAACCGCUAGCGACAGUGUUGUCUCUGCUUGUGUUUAGCUUUAGACGUUUCUUUGGUACCUAUUUCAUUACUGCUUGAAGGUGGGGGGGGGGGGGAGAGACAGUGUGUGGUGGGGAAACACGAGAGAUGAUCCGCUGUACAAUAUACUGUAACAAGGACCAGACUGGGGUUGUGUAUGUGGAAUCAGAGGGAGUCAGUGGAUUUAUAUGCUGGAACUUUUCUCUCCGCUACAGAGAUGGACUUACUAUAAAAUGUGAUAUUGGACUAGAAUAUGAAACCUGGGAGAGAGCCCCAAAGCCUCCAAGUCAUCAUCACAGCCUUAAACAAAAGGGAAAGGGUGUGAGAUGUCACCGGGACAGUGGACAGACUAGGGCACCGACAUCUUAUUUCAGGUGUGGGAAUGAUCAGAUACAUCUGUCCUAUCAAGUCUUUGUGCCAUUAGAUCGUGAACUUUUUUAUCCUGUGAAUAAGAGGGCAACGGGAGGGUCGCAGAGGAAACUAGUACUACUACAAAUACAACACAACAAAACUUCAACCAAUCGAAGAGUGACAGAUGCUAUUUCAUUUUUUUCCCUGUUCUUUUCCUUGUCUAUUUUAUACGCUUACACACUAGAGGGCGCCAUGGUGACACAAUCGCCAUAACAACCUACCGUUCCUCUGAACAUUCUGAAUGUGGAGGAAUUCAGCGUUUUGCGACAGAGAGACGUCAAAAAAAGAGGAGCAAAACUGUACAUUUUUAAGUGUAAGAACAAACAGUCAAAAAUCUUUGUAAAUAUUACGUUUCUUGUUUUGUUUUUUUCGAGUGAAUGAAUGAAAUGACUUUGUGACGACAACAGGGACAACAGGUGCAAGUUGAAAGGGGGUCUCCAGCUAGUAUUGUAUGUUAACCGUACGCCAUUUAAAUGUAUUCGCCAACUUUUCCGAGAGAUUCAGGAAAGUGGGAUUCUCGUUCUGUUAGCUCUUUCCGUGCAUGUAACUAACAAAGUUGUUCCGAAGUGGAUAGACAAUGGACAUUCAGAACAAAGUCAUCAAGUGUUGUCUACGUAGCAUCUUGACUACUCAACCUGUGUAAGCACUAAGCGAACACCGUAGCAGGGAUACUAACCCAUUCUCAUUCUCUGCUGUUGGUUAUAGGGUCUCUCCCACGUUCAAAUGGGCCCUGCAUAACUGCAGGCCUGUAUUAGCUGUGUACCACACCAGCCAUACUGGAUGACGAUACAGCACACCUUAAAGGUGUAACUUCCACCACCCAAUGUGGCAACGACAAAACAUGGCCAAGAAGCAAAAAAUAAAAUAAAAUUAACCUUUAAAAACAUCCUUGUGGCUUUUGGAAUGUGUAUAGUCCCAACCCUGUUGACUCUCCUACCGUUGUGUAGCCCCGGAACCACAGGGAGAACGAGAAACGAUGGCUUUUUGUAACCUAAGUUGCCUCUGAUCUAGCCUAUUCCCAGAUCGGUUUGUGCCGUCUUGCCAACUCCUAUGGUCAUUGUCGCGACUAGGAGUUGACAAGACGGCACAAAUAGAUCUGGGACCAGGCUACGUCUUAGCCUUAUCGGAAAUCACGUACUGCGGGUGGGACACAUGUCCCCCUGAAUACACUGUGUUACGUACAAUAUGUGUCCUGUUCAUGUAGGUUGUGCUAUCUGUGUACAGUGACCUCAUCAUAAACUAUCGGUACCGCUAAGCUUGCCUUCCAAGUGGAAAGGUGAGGUGGGAAUUGAGCUGCUUAGUGGGCAGAUGGUUGAACUGCAUGACAAGGCAUGUACAUAGGUAUAGACCAGGAAGUGUGAGUGUGUACAUGUGAGAGUAUGUGUUAGGAUAACUCAUUUGGUGUGUAAGCAUAGGUGUGUACUCCAUUUUGUUGUAGCAUUAGUUAGGACUAAUGCAAAGGGAGUUGAUAUCUAUAGUGUUAGUUUAGUAGGACUUUAAAACGAACCCCCCCAAAAAAAUCCAUAUUGGAUUUUAAUGUAUUAUCUCCCGCACAUAAAGAAAGUUGUACUUUUUGGUGCAAAACCAAUUUUGUUAAGUGUUCAAUGAUUAACACCAUCUGUUGUUAUAAAGCAGCUAACACUGUUUUAUAGAUUUGCCAGAGUGAUGCUUUGUUCAACACCUGUUCUGAACUAAAGAGGUAGACCGUAACAAUGUUUCAUGUAGGUGAAUUUCCUGCCUUGCUCGUGACUACAUGUCAUGGUUGACCUUCAAAACCGAGAAAGGUUGGUCUAUGUUAUGGUCAAGGCACCUGAGAGUCCAGUUGUACUGAAGCACAUGACAAAUAACCCUGGGAAACAUUCUGAGCUGGGUGUCAGUUCGGGCCUCUGCAUAGUCAAAUUUGCACCUGUUGUCUUGUUUUUAUUUUCUUUGUUGAAUUCCGAAACCCAAGACUUGAGAUGAAGAAAACAUGUUAAUAAUGGAUUUUAAAAACAUAUUAUAAUUAAAAAAUGAAAGUAAAACUAUAUAAAUAAGGUGAUGAUAUUUGUUUACUUUAGAAGUUAUGAUGCACUGUAUGCUGUGAUUCUGAUGUGGGGAACAUUAAAGACAUUCAUAGCCAGA